AUGUUCGUCUUCAAGCGGUUCAAGAGACUCUUGAAAGACCUGAUGUUGGUAGUCUCGCUUGGUGGCAUCGUUGGGGUCUACUUUGUGCCUCCCUCCAGAAAUUUAAUGGAUGAUUCUCCAGCACCACCACCAGGUGCAUCCGUUUUAUUUCGAUCUCCGAAAUCAUCCACCAAACCAUUUGAUGCAAUGAUUCAACGAUCCCAGCAAUACGAGGCCAAAUGCAAAUCACUGGACUUGCUAGAUCAUUCCGUAGUGGACACUUCCAAGAACAACCACACAGCACAUCUCCCACCCUUUGGAUUUCUAAAAGCAGCCGAAGAUUACCAAAGCAAUCCUCCAGACUAUCCUUAUACUUGCCAACUGCCACCCGAAAACGAAUGUUCCGAAACUCAAUUCACAGUCAUUUUCAUGGCCUACAAUCCAGAUCGACUACAGAAAUUGUACAAUCAAAUUCUCAAAAUGCUCCAGCAAGACAAAGGAUUCAAGAGUCUAGUCCGUGAAGUUGUCGUGGUGUGGAAUGGCGAACGGGAUGUCGAAGAAACCACACUUGGCAAGGCACUGGUAGACUUGACAAAGACCUUGCCAUUUCGAAUCUCGUAUCCACUCAAGGCUGGUUUCCCAAACGACUUGAUGAAUCGGUACCAUCCUCGACUUGAAAUUAAAACAAAGGCAAUCAUGUAUUACGAUGAUGACGGGCCAUUUUACAGUUACAAGGCGACACUGGGUGGAUUUGAAUUGUGGAAGCGGAAUGCCAAUGCCCAAAUAGGUGCCAUGGCCCGCAAGUUGGAUCUGGACGAACGACAAAAAGUGGAAAAAACGGAACUGCUACAAGCAAGUGGGUCUACCACUGUCGAUCGCUUUUUCAUCUCACAUUGUCCGACCGACGAACUCAAUUACAAUUAUUUUGAAUUUGCCAAUUUUGGGGCCAACAUGGUCUUGCCGAGUGGGAGUUUCUUGCAUUCCAAUUAUCUAUGCUUCUUGUGGCAUCCCAUCUUUGAAGAAAUUAGACAGUACGUCAAGGAACACCCCGUGAAACCAGAUGAUGGGACGGUGAGUGCGAUUGUCAGUCAUCUUUCCGGACGAGCGCCCAAGGUUUACUCGAGACGAAUCAAUGAAUCCAAAGACCCGCCUCAUGGUCGUCGAUUGAUGAAGCUCCACGACAAGCAAGAUGCCAUUGAUUGGGAUAAUCCCGGCAAUCACGAUACCAAAAUGAUGUGGGGUCGUUUGCGUAGCGAUGUCGCCAAUUCCUUGAUUCGGUAUUUUGGAAGCAUCAACAGCGGUAGUUUGGGAUGGUGUUUCAAUACGCCAUGGCAGAAGGGACAAAAUUGCAAACCAGAAAUGGCCAAGAUUGGAUAUUUGCCGUGGAUGAAUGAAGAUCAUACUCCCAAGAGCACAUGUCCAUAG